CAGUAGCUCCAAUCGCCAUCUUUAAUGGUAUGUGGGUAAACCGAAUCCACUCUGGGAGCGCGUUUCGCCGCGGCGUUAUACCCCUCUGGAAGUUCUACUGAUGUAUUAGGAUUUUGGAAUUUCACUUUAGGGCAUUAUAAAGAGGGCGCCAGGAUGAGUGAAUCUCAGCAGGUGAGUGCCCUGCCACCACCGCCCAUGCAGUAUAUCAAAGAAUACACUGACGAAAAUGUGCGGAAAGGCAUCGCUCCCAAACCACCCCCUCCCAUCCGAGACAGCUACAUGAUGUUCGGCAACCAGUUUCAAUGUGACGACCUGAUUAUCCGUCCGCUGGAGAGCCAAGGUAUCGAACGGUUACACCCCAUGCAGUUUGACCACAAACACGAGCUCAAGAAGCUCAACAUGUCCAUUCUGGUCAACUUCCUUGAUCUGUUGGACAUCUUGAUUAAAAGCCCCGGUAGCAUCAAACGCGAGGAGAAGCUGGAGGACCUGAAGCUGCUAUUCGUACACAUGCACCACCUUAUCAACGAGUACCGGCCGCACCAAGCACGCGAGACUCUGCGCGUGAUGAUGGAGGUGCAAAAGAGGCAGCGCCUGGAGACGGCUGAGCGCUUCCAGAAGCACCUCGAGCGGGUGGUCGAGAUGAUCCAGAACUGCCUGGCCUCACUACCCGACGACCUGCCUCAGCCAGAGGGCUCUACCGCAGGGGGGGCUGGGGCGAGUGGGAGUCUCACUGGAGCUUUGGGUGGAGCUCCAAGAUUAAAAUGUGAACCUAUGGACGUGGAGGAAGCAGGGGGAAGCUGCAUGGGGCCACACAUGGACAAGACUGCUGCUCUGUCCAAGAAGGACAAAGAAUUUGACAAAGAUGCAGCAAUGUGCAGUAUCAUUGAUGAGAUGACCUGAAUUUUUUUUUUUUUUUUUUUUUUUUUUUUUUUCUGAUGUUACAUUUAUGUUGUUUGUUGUUAUGUUCUAUGUGUUAAUUUGCACUGUGUGG